GUACAAACGUUGGAUCUUGAUAGUAGCGAAUAAUGGCAGAUAUAAACGCGGAUGUGGUGUCUGACGGUGCCGUGGAAGUGGAUGACAGCAGCGGUAUGACCAAUGAUGCAAAUCUAACUUUGGCUGCUUUAAACCAGACUUUUGAAGCAAUUGCUCCCAGUAAUAUUUCAGAUAUUCAGCUGCCACUUCCACCGCUGCCGGCCCCAGGGUUGGUAGAGGCGUCUCUAUCGCCAUCUCCUGUGCCCUCUAUCACCCUCGUAUCUACGAUUGAUACCCUUCCGGUGCCAAGUGUAUCUUAUGUGUCACACAGCACAGUGUCCAGUGCUACACCCUCUCACUCACUAUCCCUCUCACCUGCAGUAUCCGUAACCCCUACUAUAUCAGCUGUCGAUAUAAGUAUAUCACCUACAAUGACAGCUAUUAGUAGCGUAGCUGCAUCAGUACUAGCCUCGGUGUCGCCAUCACCUGUAGUAAGCAGUCUACCUUCAGCAUCACUAACGCCAGCACAUACCAUCUCUGAGGACAAGCAUAUCGAUACGAGUGUGCUGGUACACGCCUGGAUACCCUUCACUUUCGCAUGGGUCGUAUGUGCAGCCUUCACACUGUCCUUUGUACUGUUGUUCAAGUCUAAGACACACAGCAAGUGGCAGGCAACUCUGCUGUGUGCACUCACAUGCAUCACCACUCUCGCGCUGUUCAUACUCCUGCCGGUAGAUGUAUUCCUGGUCUCCGCCUCUAAGAUGAACGACGGCACCUUGGCUGCGUGGGCGAGUGAGGGAUCUAUCGAAUGGGUACAGUCAUUAAUGUCACACGUGUAUAUGGGGUUGUAUACUACGCUGCUACUGCUGAUAUUCUUUGUGCUGCCGUUUGCGUUUUUCUACUUUGACGAGCCAGGACCGGAGACUGCCCCACCCGCGUCG